AGCUCGUAUUUUAUAUGCAUCUGCAGAAGCAAACAAGCCUAUCUUUUCUUUUCUUCCAUCUUCCUCUCGGCUCUGGAAGCUCCAUCCGUAUUGGAAUAGGCAGCAAUUAUUCCAAUCUCUAUGAACAGAGCAUUCUGCCGUGUAAAAAAGAAGAACUACAGUGUGGUGAUGGACUCUGCCUCUUAAACUGGCUGCGCUGUCACUAUAAGAAGGAUUGUGGCAGAGACUACAUGUCCAUCAAACUAACAUGCUCAAAAGUUCAGUUGAACCAGAGCAGCCCAACCAGUGAGUUCCCCAGCUAUGGUGAAAACGGAAAUGAUACCAGUUUACUUGUUUCACCCCUUCUGGUGGCUGGAGUAGUGAUUGGACUUGUGCUAUUUCUGUCCUGUGUUACAAUCAUUGUUGGCAGUCUGCGAAAGGAUGGACGGUUAAGGCAUCCACGUCUGAGGAGAGAUGCUGUUUAUGCUCCAGAUGGCUUCUCUUACGGCAGCUCUUUUGGAGAGCUGAGAUCCACCUGCAUGGAGGAGUUUCCCCCAGCUUUUGAUUUUGGUUCGUAUCUGGAUACACUUUCUCAGGUCAACGUCAUGUAUCCCGAUUCACCUCCACGCUACGAUGAAUGCGUGGGGCCAGGAGCAACGCAAAUAUAUAUUCCCACAGAUGAUCCCCCCCCAUAUUCUCUUAUGGACCCUUGUCAAAGAAAUGAAGUAUCUAUAAAUGUUAGCCUGGAAGAGGAAGCAGCAUCUGGGACUACAGGACAGGCUGCAAAUUACACAGUCAGGCUGCAGGACUUGCAGCAGCCCAUUUCAUCCAUCUCUCUGUCAUCUCUCACUCUGGAGGCUGCUCCCCUGUACGAGACAGUGGUGUGUGAACAGAAUAUCCCCAUCCCACUUGUUCCAGUGGAAGUACUGAAAAAUUCUUCCACUGACUAUCAGACCCUUGGGAACCAAAUCAUGUGAAAAAAGUGGCUCUUUCCUUCAAUUCUUCUGAAGAACUCAAACCAACAGAAACAUUUAAAUGGAAAAAUAAAACCUCUGAAAGUUUUACCUAUUUUAUAUCUUUAAACAGGGAUUUUAUUUUUUACAGUGAAUUUUGAAAGUUUACCUAAACUUCCCUCUUCUUGCUUCAAAGUGUUCCAUGACAUCACAUAGCAUAAAAGAGUAGCAGUGACAAGCAAUGCAUCUGACCUUUUUGAAGCAUUUCAAAACACAUUGAAUCCGCCAAUCUUAAUGUAGAUACAUGUUACCCAGUCAAGGCUACUUGUUGAUUUGAUGAUAUUUUGCAUGGUUUAGAGCAGAAGGAAAAAGAAGAGCAUUUUGUUGUCUUUGUAGGUGUCACUAGUAAAUUUCAUUCAAUGUCUUGGCAACAGAGCACUUAUAAAUAAUUCUUUGUCUAAAUAUGUAUUUCAGCAGACAGACAGAACACUGCCUGCAAAACAUGACUGUCAGUAGCAUAUUAGAGCAAAAGAAAAUUAGUAUUUUGGCAGUCACAUUUUCCCUUUGGAAAGCUUGGAACUGGACAGGCUUUUGAGACCAGUGCAAAGUCUGCUGUAAAGUCUUCCUCAAAGAAACCAGUAGCAAGUGAUGGAGAGGGGAAAUCCUCAAAGACCAAUUGGCUUUACCUGUAGAAGCUGCACUACAGCUGUGUGCAGGCCUGGGAGCCUCGUGCCCUUCAUGGGCACUUGCUGCAGUCAAAGGAAGGGCAGUGUCUGGAGACCCAGGAGGUUCUUCAUGCCAAUUCCCAUGCAUGACUGCCUCUUCAGGCACUAACUGAACUGGUCUCUCUCUUCAAAAAGGAGCCUGUAGGGAUACAAUUGACCCCUAGUAAUUGUGUUACUGUGAUGUAAAUAAUAGCCACUGGACUUGGCAUGCACAGUAACAACCUCAGUUUGUGCAUAAACCUCUCUUAUGAGGCAUGAUCCUUUCCGCUGAAAUUUCCCCACACAAAUCUAGCCCUGUACUUCUCACACAUUCAUAGGAUAAAUGCUUACAAGUUGGAGAUGCACACUAGCAGUGACAGCAGAGGUAAACUGCAGAUGUGAGAGUUUAAUCUUGCAUGGUACAGAAGCACCCUAUCUCCACACAAGGACUAAACUGCCUCUUCAACCAGUACUAGUUAGCAGAGUUAUCAGAGGUUCAUCUCCACUACAUCUCUUUGAGGUACUGUCACUGAAAAAGAAAAGAAAUUGUUUACACUGAUAAAAUGAACUUUGGUUUACUGCCCCACUGAAGGAUAUGUAGAAAUGAAUAUAGUAAAUAUAUAACUGCAUUUAAAAGGAAGCAUCAUCUAAAUUAUUAAAAUUGCACUUAGAUUUUCUGUAAAUACUAAAUAAUUUUCAACUGUAAUCAUCAUUCACCACUCCAAAG